AUGCAUAGUGUAUUUAUCUUACUCAUAUGCUUUUUACCAUAUAUUACAACUGAAAAUUCAACAAUAUUAUACUCAAAAUAUCGAUGGCUACGACUGCCACGAACUCCUAAACUUCCUUUUCCUUGUACUGGUCAAUAUGCUAAUAUCAAUAAUAUUCGGAUAUGGUACACAAUUUAUGGACCCAAAAGAGCACCUCCUAUCCUUUUUCUUCAUGCUGGUUUAGCUAACAGUGAUUAUUGGGGAUUACAGGUUCAAGAACUCAAAUCAUCUUAUCGAUGUAUAUUGAUGGAUUUACGAGGACAAGGUCGAAGUACCAUAUCAUCCGCUAAUAUUACAUUUGAUCUGAUGAUGUCUGAUGUUAUUGCUUUGCUGAAUUAUAUUAAAAUUGAACGAGUACAUUUAGUUGGAUGGGGUGAUGGAGGAAUUAUUGGUCUUAACUUAGCAAUGAAUCAUCGAAAUAGAUUGAUUUCAUUGUUUGUAUUUGUAGCAAAUUAUGAUCCUUCUGGUUUUAAAGAUAUUUCUAUUUCACCUGUUGCGACGGCCUUCGUUGUUCGUUCUAAAGCUGAAUACAAAGCAAUGAAUCCAGAUAAUGACUAUGCGAAAGUGUACAAUGCUUUAUCAAUGAUGUGGGCUACACUUCCAAAAUGGACUCAACAAGAUUUUAAAAGAAUUGAUGAGAAGUUACCAGUUUGGAUAGUGGAUGGUGACCACGAUGAAGCUAUCUUUCGAAAUCAACCAGAUAAUAUAUUCAGUUGGAUUCCACAAUCAAGUGAAUUAAUCUUACCGGGAACGAGUUUCUUCGCGCUUAUACAGGAUCCCGUAGUUUUCACUAUAUUAUUGAAACGUUUUUUGGCCGAGGUUGAUUGUCCAAGUUAUACUUAG